AUGAUCAACAUUGAAUGUGGCUCCAGCUCUUAUAGCUCUCUGUACAUACCCAUUACUGUUUCUGGCCCUUCACAUCACCAAAGCAGACCCACAGUCUUCCAGGACUUCACUGUCUGCACUGAUGCAGGUGGAAUAUAUGCGGCACCCAGUGACUGGUCUGUAUGGUCUGAAAGUGAGUCAGGAGGUGACAGGAAAGCCCUGGUGGACAUGGAGGCACCUGUUAAAGUUGAGCACUACUCUGUCACUAAAACCCUGCCAACACAUUCCCACCUCCAAGCCUCUUCCUUGAAUCCUGGUUUGAGGAGAAAACACACCAGCAGCUUGCCUCAUUCACACAGUGCGCCUGCAUUUAGUAAAAUACCUUCUGCAAAGAACAAGAACUUUACAAGAGCAAAGAGCUUACCUAACAUCUUGUUAAAAGACAGCUUUGAGGAGUUUACACCUGAUAUCACUGUUGAUGAAAAUGAGGAAACCUACAGGUUCCACUGCUCCUGUCCAGGCCUGUACCAGUGCAGUGUGACAGGUCUGGUGUUUCACAUGGAGGGAGAAGGGGACGUGGUUUACAGGAUUGUCCCCUGGAACCACAGGCUACUGGCCCAACAUCAGAAGAAGCCUGCAGGACCCCUGUUUGACAUCAAAUGUCUCCAGCAGUCUGUGUGUCAGCUUCAUCUCCCACACUGUGAGAUUCGCUCCACAGGUGGAUGUGAAGUCUUCUCAGUUGCUCAUGUGAAUGAUGAGGGCAUCGAGUUUAUUACUCCUCAUAAGAUAACAGAAACUCAUGUCAUUAUAAACAUCACAGAGUUUUCUGGUUUUGGUAAUGUCAAGGAUGAAGACUCUCCUCCUGACCCGGUCCGAGCGCUGGUGCUGUUGUUCUACAGACCUCCAACUGAUCCUGAUCCUGAAUCUGUCCUCAAUGUGUUGUUGCUACCAAAGAACGUCGUGCUGCGUGAUGUGCUGCGAAUGAGGAAGAAGUUAGUUGGAGAUGAGAGGUACAUCGACACAUCUCCACACUGUAAACUGAUCCCAAAGCAGGAGUACACACUGUCCAUUAGUCCUGAAGACGACUCAGUUCAAGUUCAACCAACAGACGCAGAAUUUGAUGAGGAGUCCUACGACAACUACUUUCCAUCAUUCCAGGUGAACUGGGAAAAAAAUAUCAAAAGUAUUAAGCUGUUUUUGAGAGACACCAACAGCUCACACAGUGUCUGGGAAAGACGCGUUUGUCUUUUGUCCACUGGAGUAAGAAAGCCUUGUGGGCAGAGCGCUCUGACUUCCCCUUCAAAUGAGAGAUUGAUGGACAUACGGACCUGCUUCAUCGAUGGGAUAUCAGGACCUGUUCUCAAAAGUCUGCUGGAUAAGCUGUUUGAGAAAAAGGUGAUAACUGAAUCUGAGAGGGAGUCACCAGAUGAGAUGCAAAACAUAAGAGACAAGGCUCGUUUUGUCAUCGACACAGUGAGGAAGAAAGGUGAAGCUGCAAGUUCAGAGAUGAUUGAGUUUCUGUGUGAGGUCGACCCCUUCCUCUGUGAACAUCUUGGGUUGAUCUGA